AUGUUUGAACCACAACUUGGUAGAAGUAUUGAAGUUUACAUCGAUGACAUGGUUGUGAAGAGUAAAGUGGUGUCCGAGCAUGGGGAAGAUCUCACGAAUAUCUUCGGGAUACUGAGAAAACAUAAGUUACGCUUGAAUGCUUCGAAGUGCUCCUUUGGUGUAGGCUCCGGGAAGUUCUUAGGGUACAUGGUGACUCAUAGAGGAAUUAAAGUGAACCCAGAUCAGAUUAAGACCAUUAACGAUUUACAAGCACCUCGGAAUCCAAAAAAAGUGCAGAAACUAACUAGAAUGAUUGCUGCUUUGAACCGGUUUAUCUCCAGUUUUGUCUUAAUACGAGAGAACAGUGGCAUCCAAAGGCCAGUUUACUAUGUAAGCAAGUCCCUUCAUGAGGCCGAGGUGAGAUACUUGUCAUUGGAAAAGGCCAUCUUGGCGGUGGUCCAUGCAACAUGCAAACUUCCGCAUUACUUUCAGGCCCAUACUGUGGUUAUCUUGACUCAGCUACCUCUCAAGUCCAUACUAAGAAGUACAGACUACACCGGAAGAAUUGCUAAAUGGAGCACAAUUCUAGGUGCUUUCGAUAUCAAGUACAUGCCUCGCACCUCUAUGAAAGGCCAAGUCCUUGCCGAUCUGGUGACUGAGUUCGCCGAGUGCCCAGAAGAAGUUAAUAUAUCCUCUUGGAGGGUGUAUGUGGAUGGGGCAGCAAACCAACGGGGAGCAGGAUUGGGAUUAGUUUUGAUAUCCCCCGAAGAGGUCAUCAUCGAGAAGUCCUUGAGGUUAGGAUUCUCGGCUACUAACAACGAAGCGGAAUACGAAGCUUUGUUAAUGGGAAUGAGUAUGGUCCAGAAAAUUGGCAGAAAGAUAGUAGAAUUAUUCUCGGAUUCGAGAUUGGUAGUCGGCCAAGUGAAAGGAGAGCUGGAGGCCUGGGAUCCAAGAAUGCAGGGGUAUUUGAGCCAAGUUAGGCGUAUGCAAACGAAGUUUGAGUCUUUCGACUUAUCGCAUAUUCCCCGAGGUGAAAAUACUCACGCCGACUCCUUGGCAACCCUUGCCACCUCCUCGAUACGGAAUUUUCCUCGGUUGAUCAUCGUUGAAGACUUGCAUACCCCCACCUUACCAGAAAAGGACGUUUGCCAAGUCUAUCAAACCAAUCUAGCGCCGAGCUGGAUGGAUCCCAUAUUGAAAUUCCUUGAAAGUGACAUCUUGCCCGAAGAGAAAGUAGAAGCUGAGAAAAUACGGAGGAAAGCUCCUUGGUACUGGUUAUCUGAGAACAAAAAGUUAUACAAACGAUCCUUCUCUAGGCCGUACAUGCUCUGUGUACCUCCUAAGACGUCAGAGUCAAUCCUAGAAGAGCUGCAUGAAGAUAAUGGACUUCAAUUUGAUAGCAAUGCCUUUAGGCAAUACUGUUCGAACUUGGGUAUAAGAAACAGAUAUUCUACUCCGGCUUAUCCUCAAGGGAAUAGGCAAGCUGAAGCUGUUAACAAAGUAAUAAUCAAUGGGCUUAAGAAGAGGCUGGAUGAUGCAAAAGGAAAAUGGGUAGAAGAAUUACCACAUGUUCUCUGGACAUAUCGAACAAUGCCCUGA